AUGGCUAAAUUCGCAGUAAAAUCACUCGACCACCUCGUCCUAACCGUCCGCUCCAUCCCCGAGACAGUAGCAUUCUACACGACCCACCUCGGCAUGCGGCACGAGGUUUUCGCCUCACCAGCCAACCCCACAAUUCAAAGACACGCUCUUAUCUUCGGAAGCCAAAAGAUCAACCUCCACCUAUCGGGAAAAGAGUUCGAGCCGAAAGCGCAAAGCGUCAUGCCCGGGAGCGCCGAUCUGUGCUUUUUAACAGACGACAAUGUGGAGAAAGUGCUGCAAGCUUUUCAGGAUGCUAAAAUAGAUGUCCUUGAGGGCGCCAAGAUUGUGGAUAGAACGGGUGCGGCGGGGAAAUUGAAGAGUGUGUAUGUGAGAGAUCCGGAUGGGAAUCUUAUUGAGGUGUCGAACUAUGUUUGA